AAUUUCCUCGUGACACAGAUUUCUAGUAAAGCAAUCCUUAGAAGACAUAAAAAUACAAAUAUGGGCAACUCAGCUAUUACCAGGGUGCAGAUGGAGGCUUCCAAGAGUAUUCCAGUGGAUCAUGCCAAGUUCAGGAGCGCGGGAGGAAGUCCCCCGCCAGAGUGCCCCAUGCACCAAAAGGGAGCAGGCGCUGGGGAGAAGCCUCCACACCCCAAGAUCCAGGCCUCCGAGUGCCCGGUGCAGCACGACAACAGCGACGUUAACCCAUUAAACAUGAUGCCGCCAGCUAAUCAGCAGCCAGCCCCCGAUCAGCCUUUUCCCCUGCCCACCGACCGCCAAACUUCAACAAUCCCGAAGGUGACCGAAGAUGGUAGUGUCCAAUUCUGGCAGUAUCCCAGCCAACAGAUGUUUUGGAACGCCAUGUUACGCAAGGGAUGGCGCUGGAAGACGGAAGACGUCUCCCAGAAGGACAUGGGUGAUAUCAUUCGAAUCCACAACGCCAAUAAUGAGCAGGCCUGGCAGGAGGUCCUUAAGUGGGAAGCGCUGCACGCGAAGGAGUGUGGAAAUCCGCGCUUGAAGAGCUUUGGCGGCAAGGCCAAGGACUUCAGUCCCCGCGCCCGUUUCCGCAGCUGGCUCGGAUACGAACUGCCCUUUGAUAGGCACGACUGGAUCGUAGACCGCUGUGGCAAGGAUGUGCGCUAUGUUAUUGACUACUACGACGGUGGCCUGGUGGACAAGGACUAUCGCUUUGCUCUCCUGGACGUGCGCCCGGCCAUGGACUCUGUUGGCAAUGUGUGGGACCGAAUGCGCGUUGCCUACAUGCGCUGGAAGUACGAGGUGUCCGAAAAGUUUGGCGGUCGCGACGACGGUGGCAAGGUGACCGCGGGCAGCGAUUAGUCUGAGAAAGAAUAUUGGUAUAUCUGUACAAAAUCGGCUUAAGUUAUUAGAUGCUACUGGAGUUGUAGUUCAAUGCGUUUAUUGGAGGACAGCUAAAGGAUGCAGGAAUCCUCGUUGUCCCUUCACGUACCCAAAAAUAAAAUUUUAAUUCUAACUUUUGAACACCCAA